AACAGUGGUUUGAGUAUUAUUCGAGUUCUACGAAGAAGUAUACUUGCCCUGUAUGAAAGCAGACUUGUCUUGGGCACAAUGCGGCUCGUCUUUAUUUCCAAUCAAUAGGAGAUCAAUCCUAAUCGUUUUGCUUGAUCGUGAGGAAGAUGCGGAGUCAUUACGCAUCGAAGUGAAGAGAUUGAUGGUCAAAGUUUCGGAGCUUAGUUCUGCCUUAGAACGUCAGGAGAAGGAACAUAAUGAGAUAAAUCUGGAGCUGUGUCUUUGCAAGGAGCAGAUGAAGCGAGAAACGUCCUUGAAAAUUGAAGCCUCAAGAGAAAAGGCAUCCAUUCAACAAAUGCUCGAUUCUAAAUCUGAGGUGAUUAGUAAAUCAAAUUCAGAAUGUUCAAGGCUCGAGCAAAGGAACAUGGCACUUGCCAAGGAACUUGCUGUGCUAAAAUUGGUAACAGAUUUGGACCUGGAGCAAGAUGAGAUGUUAAAGCUUGCCUCACUUGGUAAUGAAGGGAACAACCAAGAUGUAGUAGAUAAUCUGAUUAGGUCAUUGUCCUGUCAUAAAAAGAGUUAUAAAGAAUUGAUGGCCAAGUGCCAUCUUCUUGGUAGAGGUGAAGCUCGUCUGCAGAAGAAACUUGAGAAAGCAAAAGAGAAGACAGACAAACUGCAAAAAAGAAUCCAGGACCUGGAGACACUGACUGAAGUGAAAGAUAAUGAAGUCUUGAGGGCUCUUAAAACUUCUAAGAAGACCGAUAGUAAAGGGAGUGUUUUGAUCGUGGAUGACAAUUUUGAUUCUUCAAAUGCAAAACAACAGUUUAAUAUCACAACUACCAAACACUAUGACAUGGAAAAAACAGUAUCCCAUUCAAAGGCAAUCAAACAGCAAAACCACAACGCCUUCAACACACCAGGAAUGACAUGGUAA